ACCGGAAACGAGCCGCAUGUGGAAUCGCGAAUUGUAAACAUUCGACCUCUGUACUGUCCAUCUCUUUUCCUUAGAGAGAGUUUUGACUGCAGUUUCAGUGUUGAGCUGUUAGCACAUCCAGAUCUGACAAUGGCGGGUCAAGUUCCUCCUCAGAUGCAGGUCGAUGCUAUGUCUUCAGGAGCUCAGUUUCGCGAGUUUCUAAGCCAGUACAACAAGAUCACAGAACAAUGUUUCAUGGCCUGUGUUCACGAUUUCACCACCAGGCGUGUCAUUUCAGCAGAGGACACCUGUUCUAUAAACUGUCUAGAGAAGUUCAUGAAAAUGACCAACAGAAUUUCCCAAAGGUUCCAAGAGCACCAAAUGGCUUCCAAUGACUCGUUAGCGGCUCUGGCACAACAGGGGAGCUAACCACUUCUUGUCUCUUAUUUGUAAUGUGUAGGCUAUUUGUGUAUGUACAGUGAUGUUUACAAGUUUGCUUACUGAUGUGGGGUGCAUGCCAGUACCAGAAUUUUGAAUUUUGAAAAAGGUCCAACUAGUUGAAAGAAGAAAAUAGGUCUGAAUGCAUAUCAGCUGACUGGUGAACAAAUAAAUAAAUUGUUCCCAUUUUGUAUAGGUGUUGUUUUUGUUUUUUUUGUUUUUAGGAAAAAGUAGAGGGAUACAUUUAUAUUAGUGGUUUGGGAAAGGGGGGGGGGGUGAUAGUGGUGUGAGAUAGAAGAGAGAUUGAGGCAGUGUAGUGGAAGUUUGUGUCUUUUUAGAGAGUGAAAGUGGAAGGAGAGACAUUGGUUGAGCAGUUGGAGAUUAGGAGUCAAAAGGUGUCUCCUUUAUUAUUUCUUUGCUUUUGUUGUCUUCUUUUAUGUUUCUUUGUAUUUUUUCUCUUCUUUUUUAUUUCUUUGUGUUUGUACUUUGGAUAUCAAUUCAUUUGUUCGUAGAGUAUUUCUUUGCUAUGCACAUCUAACAUGUCUUUCUUUUUCCUGAUGUGACUUGUCAGCGUACUAAUUCUCUUACAAUACUUUGAACAUUUUUUUUUACAUUGAGCUAAAAUCAGCAGAAGCACCCCGCACAUAUUUUAUUCCAGAAUUGUUUAGUACUUUUGCUGUGCUCUCUUUUUUUUAGCAGGUUAUCCUAUCAUCUGUUGAAUGUUCAGUUGUGAGUGAUUGUAUUGUGUAUGUGUCUAUCUGCCUGUGUGUGUGUCAAUGUGCACAGUUACAUGUGUCCUGAAAACCAAAAGUGAUACAUGUACAUGAUGUAGAUCUGCACUUCCAGGAAUUAUUUUUAUGAAUAUGAUGUUGUUUUCUUUUUCCCAAGAUGUACAUUAGAAAUGUAUGUUGUUUGUGUGUGCGUGAAUAUCAAAUGUUCAUAGUGUUACAUUAUGAAUAUAAUUUUAUUUUGAAAGGAAUGAUUUUAGCUUGUCAUUUUUAAAGGUGUACUUUGAAUGCGGAAUAAAAUUCAAGUAUGAUAUUUA